AUGCAUGCAUACGAACGACUGCGCAAGCGCAAAGACAGGAACGAUAACCCACGUGUGCAGAAUGCUUUAAUCCUCUUCCUCCCCAAGCAUUGUAAUCCUUGCUAUUUUCAGGCUUCGAUUUCAAUUUUAUUUCCGCCUUCCAUUGUCUGUCUUCCGUUAAUUCAGUCCAUCUUCCGAGGAUUCUUUGGUUUCCAAAGGUUUCGACAGCCGCUUUUGCUUCCUUUGCUUCAUCUUUUAAUUUCUUCUCGUAUUUCUUUAUCUGGUUUCACAUCCGAAUAUUCAUUCGAGUCUGAUUCUUUUCUUCCUUUAACUCGCCUUUCUUUUCUCUCAAUUAAAAGAUUUUCGUCUUUUUCUACCCAUCCGAUUCACAGCCAUUUUGAUUCAUUUGAUUUCCAUCUGCUCAUUCUUCGAUUAUUUUUACCAUGUGUUUCUCUUUUCUUACUUACAUUUCCCAAUGAUCCAUGUCUAUUAAAAGUUGAGUUCUUUCUUUCUUUCUUUCUUUCUUUCGUUGUAUCUAUUUAUCGAUCUAUCUAUUUGUCUAUCUUUUUAACUGAAUGA